GGCAGACGCACGUAGGUGUUUCCGGUGUCUUAUAACAUUUUACUUCCUUCCACACAGAGCGAGGCGAACGAACCGAAAAAGAAAACCAGGUUUUUCCACAUUGUGCUCAGAAAUCCCGGUUUGAGUCGGCGGGCCGUCUGUCGGAUGACCCGCGGCAUGUGCUGAGAGCGGAAGAGGCCCGGAGAGUCGUUACAAACACCGACCACCGCGCGAAGGCUUCCGAAGAAAGUUUGGUCGCGGGCCUGUAAACAACAUGUCCUCCGCCUCGCAGUCUUCGUCCCGACGGCAGUGGUGCUACCUCUGUGAUCUACCUAAGAUGCCGUGGGCCAUGCUGUGGGAGUUCAGCGAGGCGGUGUGCCGGGGCUGCGUCAACUACGACGGCGCGGACCGGAUAGAGCUGCUCAUCGAGACGGCCCGGCAGCUGAAGAGCACGCACGGGGUUCUGGACGGUCGGUCCCCGGGUCCGCCGCAGAGCAAACCCAGCUCCGCGGGGCCGGCCGAGGCGGGGCGGCAGCACGGGGAGCGCGCAGACAGGGCUCGGGGGGAUUACGGGGUGUCUUCCCGCCUCCCGAACGGCCUGCAUAGAGCUGAGGACGUGGCUCUGUCGGAGGGGAGCCGCCAGAGCCCGAACACCCGCCGGGCUGUGAGCGGGGCGGUCCCCGGCCUCCACAGCACCAUCUCUCAUGCCUUAAUAACCCAGGGGCUGGUGGCGUCCCCGCACGGGAUUCUAGCCCCUCUGUCAGGCUCCAGGGCGGGGGCCACACCUAUAGCGGUGUCAGCUGCCCCCCUGAUGGGGGAUGCUGGCAGAAGACAGGCUGUGUCUCUGGGUGUGGGGGCCAGCACCUCUGCUCUGGUGGGCAUCGAUCCAGCAGUGUGGAGGAACAGCGAGUUGAUGGCUGAGAUGAACGAGGUGGCCCGGAGCCGGAUAGAGGGCUGGCCGAACCGGCCCAAAGCGGUGCGGGACGUGCUCGUGGCCCUGAGCAACUGCAUUCCCUUCAACGUGCGCUUCAGGAAAGACCACAGCCUGGUGGGUCGAGUUCUGGCCUUCGACGCCACCAACACUCCAGAGGUGGAGUUGAAGGUGUUUGUGGAAUACCCCGUCAGCCAGGGCAUCUUCUUUUUGGGGAUUCCAGACCUGGUCCGGCAGAUGUUCCGUGAUUCGGCCAAAGAUGCUGGCAAAGCGGUGAACUCUGGGCUGCGCUAUGUGGAGUAUGAGAAGAGGCAGGGCUCAGGGGACUGGCGCGGGCUGUCGGAGUUGCUGAAUGAUGGCGUGCGGAUGUUUAAAGAGCCCCCCAUCCCUGAGGUUCUGCCCCAGCCAGACGCAAUCCUGCCUAUGGGAGCAGCUGGACGCCCCGGUCCAGCAAAGGGCACAACCCGGCGCCGGAAGGCCUCCCCGGGUUCAGAGAACGGGGAGAGUGAAGGGAGAGGUGACCACUCAGGAAGGGAGCCCUGGCCCAGAGCUGGAUACACAGCCGUCGACCCUCUACAAGGCAUGGGGGCCCCACAGGAGGGCCCGCAACGUCUCCACAGCCAGCCCUCCCCCAUUUCAGCCCUCAUGGGGGUCACGGACAGCCUGAGCUCCGGUCAGGUAUCCAGAGAUGGCAACAGCAUGUCCACAGCUCACUCCUCCGCCGCUGGCCGCUCCACCAGCAGCAGUCCAUCAACCGCCUCCACCUCAGUCUCCCAGCCGGCCAUGGGCCAGGGCUUGAGCGCGGGGGGGCCCAGCAGCAACGCCGCCACGGGGGAGUCCGUAAGCGGCACACAGGGGGCGCUGCUCUGCUGCACUCUCUGCAGGGAGCGCCUGGAGGAUACCCAUUUUGUCCAGUGUCCCUCUGUCCCGCACCACAAGUUCUGCUUCCCCUGCACCCGAGGGUUCAUCCGCAGCCAGGGUCAAGGCGGGGAGGUGUACUGCCCCAGUGGAGAGCGCUGCCCCCUGGCUGGAUCCACCGUGCCUUGGGCUUUCAUGCAGGGGGAGAUCUCCACCAUCCUGGCUGGAGAAGGAGACGUGACGGUGAAGAAGGAGAGCGAUCCCUGAUGUCUCCACCCUGCUGUUAUGAAUGUGCAGGGGUCACUCUGAAAGCACUUCCCUUUGAUCCGGAGCAUCCCACGUGUGCGCCUCGCAGAGCACGGCAACGCUGAAAACCCCGGAGGACGAAGACGACACCCAAACCAGUUACUACAGACACAGGACGACCCGUCUGGGGCGGGUCCAGGCCCGGCCCAGCUUCUAGCAGAACCCCCAUCUUUGUCCAGGAUUGAAAGCACACGUUUGUUUGACAAUCUGUUUUCCUGUUCUGUUCUUGCUCUAAACAUUGUAUUCUUCACAGAACACUGACCGUUUAAAAGAACCAGCGCUCACACAGAUGCCAAGGAAACGGAAAAAAAAAAGUCAAGAUUUUCAGUGUUUGUCAAAAUGUGAAUUUACUUUCAAUAUGGCUUUGUAAUUUCUAUUUUUGAUACAAAUUGUUUUGUAUUUGUUUAUAGAAGACCAAAGAUGGCUUCAUGCUGUGUUUGCUACAUUCACUGGUAACCUUGGCAUCAGACGCUGAUUAGUUAACCUCAAGGCGCUGAACUUGUUUUUAAUCUGUUGUAAGUCAGUUAGCAUCAGAGCGGCGAGCCCACUCACCGAUCUGACAGGAUCCUAUCUACAAUAAAGGACAGAAGCCCGG